CAUCCACCCAACGGCACCUCUAGUUCCUGCUAUUGCUGUUCCGAAUUCACCUGUGUUCGCUCAUCGCGCAGUAAUUGCGGUUGCAGAGUCUUUGUGAAGUAAACCAAUAGAUCGUUUGCCGUAUUAUCUGGGUUAUAUUCGACAUGAAGAAAGGAGGUGGCACUGAAGAGGGCCUGCUCACGAAAGCGCCAGAGGAGGAGAGUUUGAUUCCCGAGUCAACUGCUGCACCAGCAGAUGGCUCCAGCAGCAAGCUGUCAUCUUCCAAGGCCAGUGGAGCCAGCCUUUUCAAGCCCGAGGAAGAAAAAGCAGAAAAGCCAGGCAAUCUCUUGAGCCACCUGAGUGACUUUCUGUACCAGAAACUUCGCUUCGGAAAUGAUGAGGAGCCUGUGCACAUCCUUGACGAGCCCACUAUAGACGGCAUUGUACGAUACAUCAAGAGCGGAAAAUGCAAAAACAUCAUUGCUAUGAUAGGAGCUGGGAUCUCUACAGCGGCUGGAAUCCCUGACUUCCGCAGCCCAAAUAGUGGCAUAUACUCAAAGCUGGGGAAGUUCAACCUGCCAUCACCAGAGGCCAUCUUUGAAAUUGGAUACUUCAGGAGGAAUCCGGCACCCUUUUAUGCCCUGGCUCGCCAGCUCUUCCCGAAGAAUCUUAAGCCUACGCUGAGCCACUGCUUCUUGCGGCUCCUGCAUCAGAAGGGCCUGCUGCUUCGUCUCUACACUCAGAACAUCGACUGCCUGGAACGAUUGGCCGGUAUUCCGGCGGAGGCCAUUGUGGAAGCACAUGGCACCUUCCACACCUCUCACUGCUUGUCGUGCAACUGCGAGUACUCUCUUGACUGGCUGCGAGCGGAACCGGCGCGUCCAAACAAUCUGCCACAGCUUGCUCACUGUCAAAUUUUAUUUCGUGCAGACAUUGUGUUCUUUGGUGAAAGACUUCCUGACCGGUUCUUCGACCUGUCGGAAGAGGACUUUGCCAGGUGUGACCUGCUGCUCAUCGUGGGCACUUCCUUGCAGGUGCAGCCAUUCGCCGGACUUGUGGACAAGGUGCACAACUCUAUUCCCCGUCUCCUGAUUAACUUGGAGAAAUGUGGACAGGACAACCUGGUCAGCAAGAUCCUAGGACUUGGGUGUGGCCUUGACUUUGACUCAGAGGCAAACUUCAGAGAUGUGGCACUGAUCGGCACUUGCGAUAAUGGCUGUCGGGAGAUGGCUGACCGGCUGGGAUGGAAGGAUGACUUGAUGCAGCUCAUUGACCAGGUGGAAGUGACUAAUGCUGAGCAAAUGGCAUCCCAACAGGAAUCCCAACACUCAGCCUUCUACAUCCAGCGAACAAUUCUCGUCGUCAAGUUGGUUCCUUUCAACAUCGCUGCUGAAGGCAAUCUUAGGAAUUCUCUUUGCCGAACGACUUGACAGCACCAACAACAGCUCAUCACCAUGUUUAUCUGGGCCCAAAGAAUGUUUCACCAUCCCGUCACCAAGCAAGUUGCCUUCAGUGUGCUGCCAUUUAAACAAAAAAAUAAACAAAAAGAAGCAGG